AUGAAUCCCUUGAAAGAUUGUAAUAGAUCAUUUAUUAUCAUUAUUAGUAGAAGAGAUAGAUAAAAUAUUAGGGAUAAAAUGGCAGAAAGAAAUUAAUUAUAUUAGAAAGCAUCCUAAAACUAUUUAUCAAGUUUGUAAAGAGAAGUUGAAACUAUAAAAAGAACCAGACCUUUAGCUGAAACAAGAAAUUUGGAGUUUAGAGAGCAAAUAGCAAAUUUAUUUAAGAGAUAUGAGGAUGGAAGUGUCAGAUUAAAAUAAGCAAUUCAAAAAACUAACAUUGAAAAAAUUAAUUAUAAUGAGUAUUUAAUUAAGGUGUAUCCAAAUUAUUUUACAGAUGAAAAAAGAAAACUCAGGGAAGAAAAUUAACGACUUAUGCAAUAAUUAUAAGGAUUUAGGUAAUAAGUUAGCAAUGUUCCAUUGUAAGAAUUACAAAAUCUUGAAAAUGAAUAAUACGAUUAUAAUGAUUAAUAAAAAUUUGAUCAAUAUUUAGGAUAAGAUUAUUAGGAAUAGGAUUACUAAAAUUAAUAAUAUCAUUUUUAAGAAUAAUAAAGAUAAUAGUUUUAAUAACCUUAAGGACAUUAAAAUUAGUCAGGCUAAUCAAAAUUAAAUUUAACAAAACAAUAAGAAUAAGAUUUUUUAUCAGAGUACUUAAUGCCUCAACAAGGGAAAAAAUGA